AUGGCUUCGGUCUACUUUGGAGCCACGGGUGCCUCUUCUGGCGCCCAGUCAGCAUACUUUGGCGUUGGCGGUGGUGGACCAACGUCACCAAAACUAGCCGGCGGAGCAGUUGGAGGAGGCGGAGGGGUCCAAUCAGCUUAUUUUGGGGUCGCAGGCGCACCAGCAGUUGGAGGGCAAUCUGUGUAUUUCGGGGUCAAUCCGACAGCAGCUGGAACAGCCCUUGUUAUAACACCACCGGUAGCUGCUGGUGCCCGCUCAACGAUGACAGCUGUCGGUGCUCCGAUAGAUGCAGUUGCUGGCGGACGUUCGACAAUGACGGCUAUAGGCGCUCCACUGGAUGCAGCUGCUGGAGGACGAUCGACGAUGACUGCUAUCGGUACACCAAUGGAUGCAGCUGCUGGAGGACGAUCGACAAUGACUGCUAUCGGUACACCAAUGGAUGCAGGUGGUGGACGUUCGACGAUGACUGCUAUUGGUGCUCCAACAGGUGGUGCAGGUGCUGCUCGUUCAACGAUGACUGCUGUUGGCGCUCCAAUGGAUGCAGGUGCUGGCGGACGAUCCACGAUGACUGCUGUUGGUGGUCCAAUGGAUGCAGUCACAUCGAGACAGAAGGACUCAAUAGGAUUCUUAAUUGCAGUUGCUGGAGGACGAUCGACGAUGACUGCUGUUGGUGCUCCAAUGGAUGCAGAGCAAGCUGUGAAACUGAACUGUAGAAGCACGUUACUAGGAGUUAUACUUAUAGUUGCUGGAGGACGAUCAACGAUGACGGCAAUAGGUGCACCUGCAGCUGCAGGCGGACGGUCGACAAUGACAGCUGUUGGUGCUCCAAUGGAUGCAGCUGCUGGAGGACGAUCGACGAUGACUGCUGUUGGAGCUCCGAUGGAUGCAGCUGCUGGAGGACGAUCGACGAUGACUGCUGUUGGAGCUCCAAUGGAUGCAGCUGCUGGAGGACGAUCGACGAUGACUGCUGUUGGAGCUCCGAUGGAUGCAUCUGCUGGAGGACGAUCGACGAUGACUGCUGUUGGAGCUCCGAUGGAUGCAGCUGCUGGAGGACGAUCGACGAUGACUGCUGUUGGUGCUCCAAUGGAUGCAGAGCAAGCUGAGAAACUGAACUGUAGAAGCACGUUAGUAGGAGUUAUACUUAUAGCUGCUGGAGGACGAUCAACGAUGACGGCAAUAGGUGCACCUGCAGCUGCAGGCGGACGGUCGACAAUGACAGCUGUGGGUGCCCCUAGUGGUGUUGGUGGUGCGCCUGUUCUUGCUGCUCCUAUCGGUGGUGGAGGCGGUGGAGGCGCUGGAGGUGCACAGUCAGCAUAUUUUGGUGUCGGAGCCGGCGGUGGAGGUGCCCAGUCGGCGUACUUUGGUGUGGGAGGUGGUGGUGGAGGUGGUGGUGGCGGUGGAGGAGCUGUUCCAAAACUCAGCACUCCUGCUGGCGGUGCCCAAUCGGCUUAUUUUGGUGUUUCUGGUAGCUCGGCUCCUGGUACUCAAUCGGCAUACUUUGCACCCAAGUGA